AUAAUUGUUACAGAGUUAAGUAUUUAGAGUAGAAUCAGCAGAGAUGAUUAAAGAUAAGAUCCUUUGCAGAAAUGAUAAAAUUCUUAAGCUAUUAAUUAUAUUGAUUCUCUCAUUUCUAAAGUAGAGGAAAAUCAACAACUAUCAGAAAAAGUCCAGGAGUAUUUUAUCUGAUCUAAGCAAGCAGCUAAAAAAGAAUAUUUCAAUAGAUUUGGAAGUAAAUAAAUGUAUUAGAUUAUUUCUAAUAAUUACAAUUAAUAAGGAAUCAAUACAAAACUUUAUUCAGCUGGAAUUUAAUUGUAAGAUGAACAAUCUCAAUUUUAAAAUUGAAAUAAAUGAUGUCUAAUAUUCAAAGAAAUUCAAACCGUGAUAAUUAUUAACUAUAUUUUAUAUAUAUGUAAAUUCCUUCUUCAGAGUAAAUAUAAAGUCAAUAACACAUAGGAGUGCUUCAAGUUAAGAUCACAAUAUCUCAAAAUGGAGAAGUUAUGGUCUACUUGAAACUGAUGGAGGAUCAUCAUCUUCAUUUUCAUUCCAACAAAAAAAGAAAAAGCCUAUCUAAAAAUCAAAUACUAUGCAUAAUCUUAAUCAAAAAGUCAAAACAUAACCUUAAGAAAAUAAUGAUCUAAAAAAUAGUUAAAGCGAAUCUAAACAUAGAUUCAAUCAAAGAACUUAAUAAAGCAUUCCAAGCAGAAGUUCUAUUAAUAAAUAACCUCUUGAUGAUGAUAUAUAAUUUGACAUGUUUUCUGUUAACCCAGGGUCUCAUAUUUUAAAUUUGACCUAACAAACUAUACCUAUUGUUUUAUAAUUAAGAACAAAAACUCUAGAAGAAUUGGAUUAGAUUGGUGUAGAUCUAGUAAUAUAUUCAUCAAUAUAAGUUUUGUUUAAUUGACAUUAGCAAUAGUAUGUAAGGAUAAAAAAUUGAAUAUGUAAAAUAAAUUUUGCAUACAAUCCUUAGUAAUUUGAGAGAAUAGGAUAGAUUAUGUUUGAUUAGUUUCAACAACGAAGGUAAACUUUUAACAGGUUUAUAAAAAGUAACAUCGGAAACUCAAGAAUAUUUUGCAUUUGUUAUUAAUGAUUUAUAAUGUAUAGGAACAACUUAGUUAUGGAAAGGAACUGAAGUUGCUUUUGAUGUUAUAAAUUAAAGAAAAAACAAAAACAAUUGGGCAAGAAUUUUGAUUUUCUCAGAUGGUUAAGAUGAGAUAGCACUCAUAAAGAUUAGAAAAUAAUUAGAAUAUAAUUAUGAUGUUUUUACUAUUGAUUCAUUUGGAUUCAGUGAUUCAAAUGCUAAUAAAAGAUUAGAAUCAAUAACGAAUCUAAGAUUUGGAAAACACUUUAUAAUAACUGAUGAAUAAUAAAUAUUUAAAUGUUUGGAAGAAGCAUUUGCCAAUUUUCCAUUCAAUUUAUGGGAUGAUGUAACAAUAACAAUCUCUACCAAUUUAUAAAAUAUUCCUUUUGAAGAUAUUUUAAUUAAAGAGAUACAUACUGAAGGAUGGAUUGAAUUACAACAUUAACAUUAAUUUCAAAUUACAAUACCUAAUUUAGAAAUAGGAGAAUCCUUUUUGUUUCCAAUCGAAUUGUUCUUUAAGAAAUUUAAUGACAAUAUAACAGAUAAAGCUAAACCAAUCACUUUUAUUAAAGGGAAAAUUGAAAUGAAAAAUAGCAUAACAGGAAAAAGAAUGAUAAAGAAUGUUGAACUAGAUGCUAUUUUCAUUUAUGAAAAUGACUCAAAUACUCUUGAUUUCAAUACAUACUUUAAUUGUAAAUAAUCUCCCUUAGUAAUUUGGGUUUGCGAUUAAUAAUAAAUAUGUAAUAAUAAAAAUAAAUAAUAGAAUUCCAUCGAAAGUCAUAUUUUGAACUAAUUUGUGAAAAUUUGUAGCUUAAAUGGCAGUUAUAAUAAUAAAGAAUUAAAUAACUUUAUGAUGAAGAACCUUCUUGA